AUGGCGAUUUUCAGAUGGUUAUAUCGGAAAAGGCAUAUACUCUUCGUGUGUUUAUGCGCUUCUACAUUUUGGAUUGGUUAUCUGUUUCUGUCGCUUCCAAAUAACUCGAAUAAAUCUGGAAAACCGUCAUCAGUAUACCCAAAGGAUGUCACAAUAAAAUCUCCUGGGAGCAGUCUUUCUCGCACAAAGUUCUCAUCACUGUCAGAUACUGGUGAAGCUGAAAAGAAGGAUGCUCCGAAAGAAACACCACAAAUUAUUGGUCCUAAAGAUCAGACAGUCAUUAAACCAAAGGUGGAACCGGAUAAACCAGUUGAAGAAAAGAAGGAACUACUAAUUAAAGAAGCUGUAAAACCACCUGUUUUAGACAUUAUCCCACCAGAGCAGAAAGUCAAUGUCACUAAAAAGAAAAUCAACGAAACUCAAACCAAAAAACAGGAAGGAAUAUUUGAAAAUUUUGGUGAAAAAAUAAAAAAUAAGACUAUAGAAGUUGGACAACAUGUAAAAAAUAAAACACUUGAAAAAUUAUCAGAUUUAGGUGUGAUUAAAAGUUUAAAAAUUCCAAAAUAUCUAAACAUUCCAGCACCAUGGUCAUUAAAUCUAUCGCUAGAAGACAUAGGGAACGUCAUGAAAGAUACCCAGUAUUUAAAUAAGGAAGACAAAAUAGAUAUAAACUAUCCUAAAUUAUUGUCAAUGAAACGAAAUGUUACAGAAGGUAAUGUUACAGUAGCAUUAAGGAAGGUGACGAUGGCUAAUCGAGUGGGCUUCUGUGAUUGUGUAGACUAUGAUUGUAUGUGUUGUGCCCGUGUGACGGCCAAAAGGAUGCCCUUUAAUAGGACAGCAUGUUCCAACAUCACUUACAUAUCAAAGUCUCAGGAUUUUGAUUUAAGAUUUUCCCUGGAUGGAAAACCUCUGUACAAAGGUGUAGUCUCAGCGGAAUCGCCUCCGAAGAUCUGCCUAGGCUCCCUGACAAAGGUGGCAGCACUGUGUGCUCGCUUCUUAAAUUUGACCUCAACUGUUAGCGUCCAUGAGGAACAUAAACUGCAUGUGAUUGGCUGUUUGGAGUACAGCUUAACUCUCUACAAUAAGACGGUCAGUGCAUAUCCUGUUGAUUGCUUCGAGAUCCCUAGCCACCAACAUCACAAGAAAGAACAUGAAAAUCUCAGAAAUUUUAUCAAUUUAGUGCCAUGAUUUUAUCAUUUGUAUGUCUUAAUGUAGUCAGUAUUGAUAUUUCCUGAAGCUAAUGCUUUUUCAAGGUAAAAAUAUGGAGGUACCUCAAAUUGAUAUUAUAUGGAUUGAAAGGUACAAAUUAAAUGUCUAGAAUGUUUACCAGGAUCCAAGAUGAAAUUAUUGUAUGUGAUGAGAGUUUCCCCAGUACAUGUAUAGAGUGUUGCUGAAAUAAUCCUUACAGAUUUAUUUGUUACUUUCAUAGUGGUUAAUCAAAUUAGAAUUCACAAAACACAGGCAAAAUCUUCUUUAUGAGCUUGAGAUGCUCUUCUUAUGAUAGGAAGACAAAGUGAUCUUUAAUGACAAAUGCAUUCAAGCAUAACCUUCAGAUCACUUUCCUCUAGAACACAGGUUUUAGACACACAGGUGGUGCAGUUUAAUGUCUAUUGGGUUAGUUGUUUUACCACCAAUGCUUUUUCCCUCCAGGGUUUACCCUCUAGGUUUACCUUCAUCAUCCAAAAUAGUUUUUUUUGUACUGACUGUGUAGUUAAAGCUCAAAAGAAUUCAUUUUAAUUAUGUUCAAACCUGAUAUAGGGCUUCUUAGGAAAGAUGGACAGUGUUCAAUGUAUUUCACAAGAUUUUACUUAUCCGGUAAAACUGGUCAUUUACUCUUAGUUGUAUGCUACACCGGUCAUUUUUAAAUCCUUAUGAAAUUAACACAGUAUUAAGAUAUCAGCAGAUGUAAAAUUUUCAGCUUUCAUUUUCUCUGUGAUCUCAAAUUGUUUUUGUUUUUCACAAUAUUUCACAUUGUCAGUUUAACUUUUAAUUUUUCUAUAACUUUUAGAAUUAAGUAAGGAAUUUGAAACAAUGAAGCGAAAUGUCAAGUUUUAUUAUGUAAAUUUAAUAAUAUGUUAAAAAUAAUGAUUGUCAAGUUCUAUGUUAUUAUUUGAUUUGUGUGUG